AUGAAAAAUGCUCGUGAGGACUUUCACGUCUCACAGCUCCUAAAAACGAUGCGGCUUGAUGGUAUUUUCAUUCAAUCGUUGUUGCUGGUUCUGGCAACAGCCAAGCCCAUAGUUUACCUUAUCCGCCACGGCGAAAAACCCAGUAGUGGUGAUGGACUAAGUGCGGAAGGUGAGCAGAGGGCUCAAUGUCUGCGAGCCGUCUUCGGCGCUGAGUCAAGUUACAACAUUGGCCACAUUAUGGCUCAAACUCCGAAAAGUGACGGAUCUCGUCAACGUCCAUACGAUACUGUAAAGCCAUUGGCUGAUGACUUGGGACUCGUCGUGGAUACUUCUUGCGAUCGAGACGACCCAGACUGCGUCGCCGAUGUUGUCAAUGGGUAUUCUGGGGCUGGAAAUAUUCUCAUCUGCUGGGAGCACGAUGCCCUUACAGACAUUGUGGAGGCCUUAGGAGACAAUGACGCUCCAAAGUACGAUGGCGAUCGCUACGACAUCAUCUGGACGGAUCCACCGCCAUACAAUGCCAUUACCUCCGAGACUUCUGAGAACUGUCCAGAGCUAGACAACUAG